AUGAAAUUUUUAGUAAAUUUUCUUACAUCACUGAGUCUCGGUGAUUGGAUUACUAUUCUAUUCGUUACUAUAAUCCUUUACAUUUCACUUUUCUAUUAUGAAUACUACACCCGUGAUAAUCCUCUUCCAGGUCCAUUUCCAUUACCAAUUGUCGGUAGUCUAUAUCAAAAAUCCAGUAGUAAUUUGGCUAAAUGGAUUUACGAUUUAGCUAAAAUCCAUGGUGAAAUUUUCGAAAUCUGGAUCGGUCCACAACGUCAGAUAGUACUAAGCAGUGCGGAAUUAAUUGAACAACUUAAUGUGCCAUCCACAAAAAGUAAUUUCAUUAUUCGUUAUGCGUAUCAUGAAGGUUUGGAAGCAUGGGGAACUGAUACCGGGAUUACAUUUAAUCGAAAUAUUGAAAGUUGGCGAUUUAAUCGAAAGUAUUUUGAUUAUGCGGUGACGAAUCCUUC